AUGACUGAGGAUGCCAGAAAAGCAGUGGUCAAGAAUGCUGAUAUGUCCGACGAAAUGCAGGAGGACGCGGUAAAUCUGUGCCAAGAGGGCCUAGAAAAGUUCAAUAUUGAGAAGGAUAUCGCAGCUUAUCUGAAGAAGGAGUUCGACAAGAAAUAUGGGCCCACAUGGCACUGUGUGGUAGGGCGAAACUUCGGAAGGUGA